AUGGAAACUCCUCAACUCGUCGGCCAGCGCGGGGGAGAGCUGCCGGCGGCCGUGGCUGACGCCGCGUUCGUGCCGUACGCCGCCAUCGCGGACUCCUCGCUGCGCGCCCUGGCCGGUCAGGCCGAGGGCUUCGGCCGCCACGCCAUCGGCGGCCUCCACGGCGACGUCUACCACGUCACGACCCUGGAGGACGACGGGGACGGCUCGCUCCGGGAGGGCUGCCGGAGGCGCGAGCCCCUGUGGAUCAUCUUCGACGUGUCCGGCACCAUCCGCCUCUCGGCGGCGGUGCGGGUGUCGUCGUACAAGACCAUCGACGGCCGCGGGCAGCGGGUGGUGCUGUCCGGCAAGGGGCUGCAGCUGCGGGGGUGCGAGCACGUCAUCGUCUGCAACCUCGAGGUGGAGGGCGUCCGCGGGCACGACGCCGACGCCGUCCAGAUCAAGCCCGGGUCGAGGCACGUCUGGAUCGACCGCUGCGGCCUCCGCGACUGCGCCGACGGCCUCCUCGACGUCACCCGCGGCAGCACGGACGUGACCGUGUCCAGGUGCCGCUUCUCGGCGCACGACAAGGCCGUGCUGAUCGGGGCCAGCAGCGGCCACGUCGAGGACCGCCGCAUCCGGGUCACCGUCCACCACUGCCUCUUCGACGGCACGCGGCAGAGGCACCCGCGCGUCCGCUUCGGCAGGGUGCACCUCUACAACAACUACACGAGGAACUGGGGCAUAUACGCUGUCUGCGCCAGCGUCGAGUCGCAGAUUGUAUCCCAGUCCAACAUUUACGAGGCAGGGGAGAAGAAGAAGAAAGUUUUCAUGCACAUGAAAGAACAGGCGGCAGACAGAGAUCGGGGUUCAACCGGGCUCAUCCGUUCUGAAGGAGACCUGUUCCUAAACGGUGCAGAAGAGUGCACUGCUCAUGAUUCAGAAGCUGCGGCAGAAGGGCUCUGGGACUUCAAGGUCCAGGAUUGCUACCAGUCUUGUUCAGUCCAGCCAGCGUCAAUGGCGCUCAAGGAGCUACUGGAGUGCUGCACGGGCUGGCAGCCAGUUCCACUGCCAGAAGACAUUUGUCUCGAAGAAAAGACUGAUCCUGCUCCUGCUACCACUACCGCUUGACAUUUGAACCGCUGUAAAAAAAACUUGCUCCGAAUGCUAAGUACUAUACAGUCUAAGUACGAUGGACCACUUUAAAAAACUUACUCCGAAUUAUAGGUAAUAUGCAGCCUAAGUACGAUGAAUAUUGUAAAAUGGGACUUCAGGUGUCUGAAACUCUGAAUUCUGAAGCUAUCGUAUAGUAUUAUAUUAAUCAAACUUGUGGAUCAGAUGACUGUCAUGCAGUCCUGCUGGAAUAUAUAAAGAUCAA